AUGCCCGACGACAGACAGGAGAUCCCUGACGAGGCCCGGGCUGGUAUCCCUAUUGAGACCACAACUCGCCCAAACGCUGACACGGUACACGAUUCUGGUGGCAGUCCUCAACGUCCAUCCUACUCGCCCGUGACUCCAACGCUUUCACAGGCCAGUUUAGCUUCUCAAGAUGGUAACGGUGCAGACCUACCACCUCCGCAAUGGAUGGACGAACCACCUGAACCACUCCCUAUAAGCUUGGACGAUAACCCAGACGCCAUUGCCCUAAGAGCAACGCUGUCGAUCCUACAAAUCCAGCGACAGCAGGCUUUACAGGACAUGAGGGAACUGGAUAAGAUAAAAAAGGCUGCUCUAGAAGACCCACAGCAGUUCGUCAAGGACCUCCAAGCAGGGAAGUUAAAUCGUCAACCUCAAGCUGGCAUCGACGUCGAUAGGCUGGACUCCGCAGAGACUACAGAAGCAAAUACAUCCAAGUUCGGUCAGUUCCCAGGAGUGCAGAAUGUCGUCCGUACUCCGCCGGUGGAAUGGGCUAAAUAUCACAUUAUUGGCGAGCCUCUAGAACGCAUUCACCGGAUGCAGCAGCAAUAUCCGGCCUCUGGCGACAAGAACCACGACAGUUCAGACCGACCUCAGCCUCACACAAUAGCUGCGCCAUAUCGUCCAUUUGUGGACAGGCUAGAGACAAGUCAGCAGAGUCAAAGAUCGGCGGAGCGUUGA